CCUAGUAACCAUACACGCUAUAGACGGUCCGCCAUUUAGCCUUUGUUGUGUGCAACAGCUGUCUACAUUUUCCCCGUUUUUCUCUCUAAAUUUUGCCAUGCCGAGGAUAGAAGGACUUGACGACGGAUAUCUUGAGCCCGUAGACGACUUUAACGAGGAAGUAGAGAAGUUACCGGACGUGGCCAAGACGUUUCUGCGGUCGCUGGAGGGACAACACGCGGGGAUCGCUGCGAAGCUGCCGCCCCCCUCCCUCUCUGCGUACUCGUAUGUACCGACUAGACGGGAACAUCCCAAGCCGAUUACGUACUUCAACAACGACAAGAAGGACCGCCCAGUGUCGACCUACGACAGACUGUUUCACCAGCCACAAGGUUACAACAACAAACUGCACAGAGACGACAGAGAACACGCCAAGUUAAAGGGACUGGAUGUCAACAGUGAGGAGAGAGUGAAGGAUGUGCCAACACUGUCCUCCUCUGACUACGGACACAAGCUGGACCAGUUUAAGGACCCUCCCGACCGCAAACAUGUCCGCAUCAUGCACGUCAGGACAGAGUUCUACAGGAGAAACGAUAUCAACAUCUCCCCGGACAAGUCCUUACACUAGAAAAUUGUUGCAAAGUUCUACAGUAAUUUUCUUAGAAUCAAAGUGAUAGUAGAUAAAGCAAAUCUCAAGUGGUAACGAUAGUUCACCUUUGUCCGCUGGGUAACCUAUAUCCAUUGCUUUUAAAAACAGGGUAUUUGGGGAUAUCAAGUUGACAAAUGUUGGUUUGCAAUUUCAAUAUUUUCAGUACAUUGCAGUUUAAAAGUACCACCCGUCGACUGAUGUGCCUAAAUACACUGUUUUUAAAAACAACGGAUAUAGGUUACCC